AUACUGAAAAAUGCACCAAGUGCCCAGAUGAUCAAUAUCCUACCCAGAACAGAGUCCAAUGUAUACAGAAAAGAAUAACCUUCCUGUCCUAUGAAGAACAUUUGGGCAUCAUUCUGAUCUCCUUUGCCCUACUCUUGUUCCUAACCACAGGAUUCAUUUUAUUCAUAUUCAUUAAAUACCUAGAAACUCCCAUCGUCAAAGCCAACAACCGCAACCUCUCCUACAUCCUCCUGGUCUCCCUCUUGCUUUGCUUCUUGUCCUCCUUCUUCUUCAUUGGAAAGCCAAGGACAGCCAUUUGUCUUCUCCGACAAAUGGUGUUCAGCAUUGUAUUCUCAAUAGCUGUGUCAUCUGUGUUGGCCAAAACGAUCACAGUGGUGCUGGCAUUCUUAGCCUCAAAACCAGGGAACAAAGUGAGAAAAUGGUUGGGGAAGAGCUUGGCCAACUCCAUCAUCCUUUCUGGUUCUGCUGGACAAAUUUUCAUCUGUUCCAUCUGGCUAGGAGUUUCUCCUCCAUUCCCUGAAUCUGACCUGCACUCCCAGCCUGGAGAGAUCAUCCUGCAAUGCAAUGAAGGCUCUGUCACCAUGUUUUAUGUUGUCCUUGGCUAUAUGUGUUUCCUAGCUGCCAUUUGCUUUACUGUAGCUUUCCUGGCCAGGAACCUACCUGGGGCCUUCAAUGAAGCCAAGCUGAUUACCUUUAGCAUGCUGGUCUUCUGCAGUGUUUGGGUCUCCUUCCUGCCCACCUACCUGAGCACCAAAGGAAAGUCCAUGGUGAUUGUUCAGGUCUUCUCCAUCUUGGCUUCCAGUGCCGGACUGCUGGGUUGCAUCUUCUUUCCAAAGUGCUACAUUAUUAUCCUGAGACCAGAUCUAAACACUAAGGAACAUCUAAUGAUAAAAGUAGAGAAAUGA